UACACUACGUUGUAAGUAACUAGCGGUGGGGAGCGAAAGUGCAUCCUCCCUCCCACCCGUCAGCUCCUCCGUCCCUCCCAACUUUCCCCGACUUUCCCACCCCUGCAAAAUAUUCCCGGAAAAUUUGACAGACGAAAAUACCCAUCACAAACCCAAAAACCCAAGCUAGAAUUUCCCACUACACUUCACUUUCUCACUAACCAAACACUCCAAAUACCCACACAACCCCCACCAUCUUCCUCAAAACCCUAAAAAAACCCACCCUUCCAUUUCUUCUAUUUUGCACCCUACGAUUGUAUCUGCAGCGAACGCCAUGGCCUGAUUGAGGCACAACAGUGUCUGUAAAUACAGUGAAAUCUAGGAGAAGAAGAUAUGGGGGCUUCGCUCUCGAACCUGACGGAGGGGACGAAUGGGGCGGGUCAUGGACCGGGUCUUGGCGACAUACCCGAGAGCUGUGUGGCCUGCGCGUUCAUGUACCUGACUCCUCCUGAGAUUUGCAAUCUUGCGAGGCUCAACAGGGCGUUUCGCGGUGCGGCGUCGUCUGAUUCGGUUUGGGAAUCCAAGUUGCCCCCAAAUUACCAUGAUCUACUCGAUUUGGUGCCUCCUCAGAGGUACCAAAACCGCUCGAAAAAGGACAUCUUUGCCAUGCUCUCCCGCCCUGUACCCUUCGACGAUGGCAAUAAGGUGGUAUGGAUAGACACGGUCACAGGAAGGGUUUGUAUGUCGGUUUCUGCCAAAGGGAUGGCGAUAACUGGGAUUGAAGAUAGGCGAUACUGGAACUGGGUUCCUACUGAAGAAUCUAGGUUUCAGGUUGUGGCUUAUUUACAGCAAAUAUGGUGGUUUGAAGUAGAUGGGGUCGUGAAGUUUCCUUUUCCUGCUGAUAUCUACACUUUAUCUUUCAGGCUUCACAUUGGAAGAUUCUCAAAAAGAUUGGGACGACGUGUCUGCAACUUUGAGCACACCCACGGUUGGGAUAUAAAGCCCGUGCGAUUUGAGUUGUCAACUUCAGAUGGACAGCAAGCAUCAUAUGAAUGCUGCUUGGAUGAAAUCGAACAUGGGGAUGCAUAUGGAAACCAUAAGCGCGGAUGCUGGGUUGAGUACAAAGUUGGUGAAUUUACUGUCACCGAUACCGAUCCUGUAACAGAAGUCAAAUUUUCCAUGAAACAGAUUGAUUGCACACAUUCAAAAGGUGGGCUAUGCGUGGAUUCUGUGUCUAUCGUCCCCAGUGAUUUGAAAGAGCGUAAAAGAAGAGGGGUCUGGAAGUAAGCCGAGUGCUGAACAGGGUAGUUGUUCAUUCACAUCAGCAAUCCCGUAAGGUGUUCUGGAGGAUGUCAUCUUAUUUGGUUUUUGCAGUAGGUUUGUGUCCUCUAGGGUUUAUGUAACCUCUGUUCAUGUAUGUGAUCCAAGUUUUGUUCCAUAUAUACCUUUGCAGAUUAGGUUGAGUGAAUACACUUUGGUAUUGCCUUGUGUUUGUCAGUUGCUCACUGUAAAGCAUUUUGUAACCUAGAUAUAUGUGAUGCCUCUUAACACUGUUUCCAUUGA